AUGGGACUGGAAGGGGCCGUAGUGGAUAUGGGACUGGAAGGGGCCGUAGUGUAUAUGGGAGGGAUGGGAAGCAAUGGGAGUGCUAUAGGCUCAGGGGGCGGUUGGAUUGCAGAAGGCAGUGGGAUAGGAGGAGAGACCAGAGCAAUGGGAGAAGGGGGUGGUGGCCCUGGGGGGACAUAA